AUGCAGCUGGACUCAGACUCGAACAUCACGAUCAUAUCCAAGCAAAAUUGGAUCAACGUCGGGGAACCAAGAACGUCUCCACCGGACUGCUCGGAUCUCAUGAACGAAUUUGGGCUCUGGGACGUUCCGUUUUCGUCGUUCUGCAAGUUGGUCGGCAGUAAACAGCCGAAUCAGCAAGUAGUCGACCUGAAGGCCAAUUUUCUCGAUGUGUUCACCAGUUGCAUGGGGCGCUGCACGAAAACUCAAAUUCAUCUCACCCUCAAGCCUGACGCGCAGCCAGAGCUCAGACCGAAGCGGCCAGUUUUCUACAACAUGGAGGUCGCAGUCGAGGACGAACUAAAGCUACUUGUAAAUUUGGGUAUCAUCACUCCAGUCACCUUGCGCUCGAAGCCAACCCGCUUCCACUGCCGGAGGAUUGAUCCCUCGGAUGCCCACCUGCUAGUAGAGCUCGAUGAGGAAAGCAGGAAGUUCGUUACCAUCAACACUCACAAAGGUCUGUAUCGAUUUAACCGGCUCUCCCCCGGUGUCAAGUGUGCACCCGACCUCGACAACAUCCUUGUCGGUGGCAGCACCGUCGAGGAGCACAAUCAGAACUUGAACUGUGUCCUGCAACGUCGACUUCUUGAUACGGAAGGCAUUCGUCUGCACCCGGACCAGGUGAAGGCAAACGUAAACAUGCCGCAUUCUCAUGAUGUUCCGUACUUAGAUGCGAUUAAUUACUAUGGGAAAUACGUUAGAGAAAUGCGCACCCUUUGCCAACCAUUGGAUGAGCUGCUCGAGGAGAGUACCAGUGGACCGACAUCGCUUCAAGAAAAUCCUCCAAUCGCCGCUUAUGCUGACGUACUAUAA